AUGUUUGUCUCAUGGAAGUGGUAUUUGUAUUUGCACAGAGCUCUGAUCGAAACGAAGAAGGCCAUUGGUCUGUUGCUAGGCAACGACAUUGCACAUGCAAGAGACCUGCUUGAAAAGAAAGCCGAGACAAGCAUGUAUCAUUCACUCGGUUAUUCGACCAUUCUAUUUAUGGAGGCUGUCAUGACAUGGGAGUUGGAGAAUGUGGAAGUGGCAAAUGCUGCACUGAAGCACAGCUGUACACUGUCCAAGAAUCGGCAGAAGAAAAUCAACAGUUUCACAUCGCUGCUAGGAGGACCGCAGUUCUCGGCCAUGACCAAUGCGGAGAUGCACGCCGAAGUGUGCCACGCAGAGAGCUUGCUGCUCAGAGCCAUGGCCACAUUCGUUGAGGAUGAGUCAUUCAUCGCCUUUGUUAAAGGCGGCUUGAAGGUCAAGGAGUGCCACGGAGUGUACAAAGGCUGUUACCAAUUUCUAGAGAAGUCCGCUCGAUCAUCGCAGUCGUCGGAUAAACCGGAGAAGGCGGACGGAUCUAAAAUGGGCAAAUUGAGCGCCAAGAUGUCCAGCAAAUUGAAGAUCUCCAAAGAUGGCAAGGACAAGAGUAACUUAAAGAAGAAACCGUCGCAAACCGAUAUGGCCGAGGCGGUGCUAGAAGACCUGCACGAAGAGUUUGUGUCUGGCGUGCGCAUGGGCUAUGGAUUGUUCAAUCUGGUGA